AUGUGUGUGUACACGUCAUUUCCUGUUUGUGCUCCUGCGGAAUACAUAUUUUCUCAGAAGGCCUGCUGGUACCGUGCAUUAGGGUUAAAUUAAGGAAAACGGAGAAUAAUAUAAUUGUAUCGCUACCUAAAAGACAAGUGGGGAAGCGAAAGCACAGCCUACGCUUGCCGACCUACAGAGAACGACGAACAACUGCAGCAAGAAGCGGCUGUAAGUGAAAGGCGGCCGCCGGGAUGGUGUGUUUGUGAGCCGUAGACGGGCAGCGGAGACGCCGCGGGGGCAGCAGGACACGCCGCGGGGGCAGCGCUCAGCGGCCUUGGGACACUCAGCACGUCGGGUUACGGCGCAUGAGGGUCCAAACCCGAGCACUUUGGCAACUCGCCCGAGGACAGGGGAGUACAUCAAGACAUGGAGGCCGCGGUACUUCAUUCUGAAGAGCGAUGGCUCCUUCAUUGGCUACAAAGAGAAACAGGAAAUGUCUGACAUCACCUUGCCCCCCCUCAACAACUUCUCUGUGGCAGAAUGCCAGCUGAUGAAGACGGAGAGGCCUCGGCCAAACACCUUCGUCAUCCGCUGUCUGCAGUGGACCACCGUCAUCGAGCGCACCUUCCACGUGGACAGCAAUGACGAGCGGGAGGAAUGGAUGCGGGCCAUCCAAUCAGUGGCCAGUGGCCUGAAGACACAGGAGGAAGAGGAACCCAUGGAUGUCAAGUUCGGCUCCCCCAGUGACUGCAGCGGGAUGGAGGAGAUGGAAGUGUCUGUGUGCAAGACUCGAUCCAAAGUGACAAUGAGUGACUUUGAUUACCUUAAGCUGCUGGGAAAGGGGACCUUUGGCAAAGUGAUCCUGGUCAAGGAAAAAGCCACAGGGAUGUACUAUGCAAUGAAGAUUCUGCGCAAGGAAGUUAUUAUUGCAAAGGAUGAGGUCGCGCAUACGGUGACUGAGAGCAGGGUCCUGCAAAACACCAGACACCCCUUUCUCACUACACUGAAGUAUGCUUUUCAAACACAUGACCGACUGUGUUUUGUCAUGGAGUACGCCAACGGAGGAGAGCUCUUCUUCCACCUGUCCCGGGAGCGCGUGUUCACCGAGGACCGGGCCCGUUUUUACGGUGCCGAGAUCGUGUCGGCCCUGGAGUACCUUCAUUCGCGCAAUGUCGUCUACAGGGACCUCAAGCUUGAGAACCUCAUGCUGGACAAAGACGGCCACAUCAAAAUCACAGAUUUUGGCCUGUGCAAGGAGGGCAUCACGGACGGGGCCACCAUGAAGACCUUCUGUGGCACCCCAGAGUACCUAGCACCUGAGGUUCUGGAGGACAACGACUACGGGCGAGCGGUGGACUGGUGGGGGCUGGGAGUGGUCAUGUACGAGAUGAUGUGCGGCCGGCUGCCCUUCUACAACCAGGACCACGAGCGGCUCUUUGAGCAGAUCCUGAUGGAGGAGAUCCGCUUCCCCAGGAACCUGUCGCCUGAGGCUCGGGCGCUGCUGGCCGGGCUGCUGAAAAAGGACCCCAAGCAGAGACUUGGGGGCUGCCCUGACGAUGCCAAAGAAGUGAUGACCCAUAAGUUCUUUGUAUCCAUAAAUUGGCAGGAUGUCCUGCAGAAGAAGCUCAUCCCACCAUUCAAGCCCCAAGUGACAUCGGAGACGGACACACGCUACUUUGAUGACGAGUUCACAGCACAGACGAUCACUGUCACACCCCCAGAUCAGUAUGACAGCCUGGAUGGUGAAGACCCAGACCAGCGCACACACUUUCCCCAAUUCUCCUACUCUGCCAGUGCCAGCAUACGGGAAUGAUGGUCUCUCACACAAAUACACACCACACUCAAUCACCUGUGGUGAUGCAAUAAAAAAAGAUUUUUUAAAAAAAGCGGAAACACUCACUGAUCCGGAAGUGACUGAGGGAUGAAUGAGCAAGCGGCUGACAUCGCCAGCAUGACCUAGGCCUGCACUGGGAGCUGCCUUUGGAUCCCGCCGCCUGCUCCCAUCGCACUAAAUUACACACCGCAGCGCACAAGCAGCCUGGCAGCAUGUGAGCUUUGGAGGGUGUGGUCAUUGUGGUACACGCCCCCUUCUCCAGCAGGUUAGCCUCACACAAGCAGGAAGUCCCACCUUAAGCAAAAACCUGAUAUUUUAAAAUAUUUUAACCUUUUUUUUUUUAAUUCUGCAUGGGAGGGGAAUUUUACACUUCCUCCCCUUUUGUCUGGUUGCUGAGGUUCUAAGCCAUAUUUCUGCAGUUUUUACAAGUGCUCUUUCUGGAACUAGCUGUUACCAAUAGUAUUGAACUGUUCUUAUUGGGAAAGCGAGUGGAGUAAGGAAUGUAACUUUUACUUUUGCGUGUUUGUGUGUUAGAAAGGUUCUCUAAAUGUGCAGCUGGGGGACACUACACACCAAACGUUUGAGCUUUAAAGGGAAAAAACAAAAUGACAGCUGUUUUGAGAAUCCCCCAUAGAAUAAUUGUAAUAAAUGACUAAUUAAUGAAAUGUUACAUGUAUUUUCUCCCUGAGCUACAUGAACCAUAGGCCAAUGAUAGUCUGAAUAGUUUCUCCAGAAUAAAAAAAACAAAAAUUACAA